ACAAACGACAGUUUUUCUAUAGAUUAAUCUAUCGACUAAUUCAUGGAUUGGUCGAUUAAUCUAAACAAUUAAUUUUCCUUCAGAAAAUCAGCUUCACUGUUUAAUUUAGGUUGAUUUUAUUUUGACGACAAUAAACCUCUAUGCUAUUGCUGGAUUUUAGAUAAUGUCCUCUCUAUUCGGCACUGUAUGAGCAUUAUUUUCACCCGCAAUUCGAUAAGCAGACUAGUAGUAUGCCUAAAAAUAUUAAUGACAUGAGUAUUGCGAUGCCCAGAAGUUAAUAGACCAAAAUUGGCGUAUCCUCAUGCUUAAUAAAUUAAGAUAGUGGAGCACGCCGCUUGCUAUACCCUGAAGUCGCGACGAAGGAAGGGAGAGAUUAGCAGCCACAACAUAUUUUAAAGGAGGAGAUACUGUGGUUAAACAAGGUCAAAAGAUAUUGGUGAUGUGGUGGUACUUUUUGCAUUUUUAUUUCAGUUCACUAAUUAUUUCCUUUUAUUUGGUGUCGUUUUCGUUUCAGUUUUAGUCCCAACAAGUCCACUGCGCACGAACGCACAAACGUACGUAGAAUAAGACCAGAUUUUAGCCUAAACAUUUUCACAAACACGUAUUCUAGUGUAGCAGGCAUACAACAUUAUGGCUUUAACAAUUAUUGUAUUUAGCAGCUACAAGGAGAAAAGAUUUUACAAAGCUCUCCGUACUAAUGGUAAUUUAAUAAACAUGAAUAGAAAAAACGGUGGUUUUGCCCUUUCUGGCGGUCUAGAAUAUCGCAUACAUGUAUGUUUUCUCGUCCGGUGCUCAUGCGUAGCGCUGUAGUACCGCAGUGGUAUGACGUAUGUCGCACUUCGCACAGUGCAAAACCACCUUUUUCCUUUCUUGAUAAUUUGAACUACUCCCAUAAUUACGUAGUGAUGUUAAAGGAAAACAUUUGUUAUAAGGAAUUGAAGCAUUUUAGAUAUCAUAAAGGUAAUUUUCUUAAAGUAAUAAAAAAAAAAAUUAUGCUUCGAUUUAAAAUAUUUAUGUCGGCGACGUCAUCGACUACGUCAACCCUAUAGUUAUCUGGUCAACAUCAAAACAUCUGAUCAAAACCUUAAUACAAUAUGAUAGAGCAACUAUUACCCUUACUAUAUCCAGAGUUGGAAGAUAUUUUACUGUAGAAUUUUAAAAAUAAUAGUAAUAAUGUGAAAUAUCUUCAAACUCACUAUAUAGUAAAUGUAAUAGCUGUUCUAUCAGAUGGUAUUGAGUUUUCAAGCAGACGUUUUGAUAUUGAUCAGAUAAAUUGCUCUCAAUAUGAGAGAACAUCCAAUUUCUAAUUGAUUUUUUUUAUUUGUAUAGUGCAUUUUCACAAGAUUGCAUUGUCUUAAAGCACUACACAUUAUCCCUACCCAGAUCCCCUAGUGAACAAACCAGAGGCAAGGAAAAACUCCCAAGUAAGGAGAAAUCUUGGGAGCAACCAGACUCAGAGGGAGAGCCCAUCCUCCUGGGGCUGGCAGAGGAAGUCAAAUUAGCAGAAAAUUUAUACAGUUUAAUUUUAAGGUUUGGGAAUAAUUGUGGAGGGCAAGCAGGUGAUGAUGCUGCUUCCAAUGGCACGAUGGACGGUAGUGGGGCAGCAGUGCAUGCAGGAGGGAUGGCACAGGCAGGAGGGAGGGCAGACAGGAAGAAUGUCACACGUAGCUGGACCAUCGCAGGCAACAGACGGAUCUGUCCCACUCACCACUCAACUGGGGAUUAAAUCAUCAGGCAAAGUUUUGCACCAUCUGGACUUCCACAGCUUACCAGUACAAUAACACCAGGCACCCUGGAACUGGCUGAUGCUGUUAGAAGAUGGAUGACAGCGGAGAGAAGACCCCAGCCAUGCCCGGUUCUCCAGUGGAGGUUAAGGUCCUUACCCUAUCGGGCCCUUCUGCUAUGCCAUCUUUGCUGUCGGUCAAACUUUCAGGGCCUCGGUCAGCCUCCUUCUCCUCCACCCCAUUGACCAAUGGGAUGAACCACUCCCCACCCAUCUUGACCAGUGCACCCUCCUGGCCCCAGCGUUACAGCAGUGGUCCGCCUUCCUUAUCCUCCGCACUGGCUAACCAGCAGCUCCCGCCGACCUGUGGGGCCCGGCAGCUCAGCAAGCUGAAGCGCUUCCUCACCACACUGCAGCAGUUUGCCAAUGACAUGUCGCCUGAGAUCGGGGAGAACGUGCACAAUCUGGUCCUGGCACUGGUGAAUUCUACAGUCACCAUUGAGGAAUUUCACUCCAGGCUUCAGGAGGCCACCAACUUCCCCCUGCGACCCUUCGUCAUCCCAUUCCUGAAGGCCAACUUGCCCCUUCUCCAGAGGGAGCUAUUGCGCUGUUCCCAUGCCACCAAGCAGACUCCUGCCCAGCAUCUGUCCCAGCCUGAGCACCUGCACCGCAACACUGGUCUGACAGCCUCUCCAGAUUCCUCCGAGCUGCUGAAGGAUCCCAAUGAAGCUCUUAAGCGGCACAGUCCUGACAGGACCAAGGAGAAUGGCUUUCAUGAGUGUCCCUCAGGGCUUUUGGAGCCCCCAGCCAAGCGUGUGUGCACCAUCAGCCCUGCCCCCAGACACAGCCCCAUCCUGCCCCUUGGUGGGCAGCUGCACCCCAUCCCACCACCCUUACAGCACCAUGCUCUGGAGGACAUUUCUGCCUCUCGCCUAUGCCAGGAACCACAGCGCCCCCUGGGGCUCAGUGAGUUGAAAGACAGGCCACGUCAUCAAGGCAUUGAUGGGGGCUAUUGUGAAGAACCAGUUGACCACAGAUUGACAGACACAGAAUGGGCUGAUGAAUGGAGGCAUCUCGAUCACGGGCUGAACGGCAUUGUGGACAUGGUGGAGAAGACCCGGCGCUCCAUAAACGUGCUGCAGCGCUGUCAGAAAUCUGACUGCGAUGAGCUCCAUUACUGGAGGAGGCACUCCAGUGAGCAAGAAGAGGCAAGGAAGAGUGGGCCGGCCCUUGGCAAGUCCCACAGCUCCCAUGGUGGGGAAGGCAUCACUGUCAUGGCCCAGAGAGACUUUUCAUCCCAGCCAAGUUCUGGUUGUGUGCCUGAUGAGGUCUGGAGGAAAACUGAAGAAGCUGUGAAUGGGGUGAAGCGGCAUGCUUUGGAUGAAGUUCAGAAGGCUGUGGCAGUGGCUGAACAGAGAGCCUUUGAGAUGAUUGCUGUAGAGAGGGCCAAGAUGGAGAAGACUCUGGCUGAAGCCAAGCAACAGGCCACCAAAGAUGCCAUCCAGGUCAUCAAUGAGCAGGAGGACUCCAGUGAGAAUUGCUGGAAUUGUGGCCGCAAAGCCAGUGAGACAUGCAGUGGCUGCAGUGCUGCCCGCUACUGUGGUUCCUUCUGCCAGCACAAAGACUGGGAAAGACACCACCUCAUCUGCAGCCCUGGCCUCCAGGCUCAGCCAAAGGCCCUCUCAACUGAUACUGUUAGUGUGGUUCCUGAUGCCGUUUCCAGCCCUGACACAGAGAAUGGAGGCUCCCGGACCUCCACACCAACCUUUGUCCCUGCAGCAGAGUCCAAUGGACACUGAGGUGACUGUGCCACGUCAUAAAUCAGCACAAAUAGGGAGUGACUUGCAAAUCUGGCCAUGUCUUCCACCUGAGAUGGCUUAGAUACAGGGAUGACCAGCUCCUCUCUUAUAGGGCUGUUAGGUUCAGUACAGCCUCUUCCAUAAAGUGAAUGGAACAACUAGAAAACCAAAUGGCACAUGGAAAAUUGCUGUUGAUUAUUUUGAGUUUCCCAAAAAACAUUCCCCUCUAAUAUCUGUAGUAAUCUUAGAAGUAUUUGGGUCAAAAUCUAGGCCACAGUGUUCAGUGCUUACUUUGGGUUUAUUAUUAGCUUAUGUAUAUAAUCCUGUGCGGGAGUGUCCUAUUAAUUUAAAAUGUUAAACUGUUGUUGGCUAUGUGCCAUGUAAUUGGAAAACGUUGUCUAAGAGCAGACAUUAGUAUGGGGGAAAAUGUUUGGCCAUGUGGGGGCAGCAAACACCAGUGGAAGGUUCCAAUGAGAAGAAUAGAUUGCAACCUGUCCUUUGCAAGUACUUAGCACUUGUUUGAUUUUGUUUUAUCUUUGUAUGUUUCAGAGCUUAUUGUAUAUUGAUUAAUAUGUCUAUGUCGCUAGUCAAUAAAUAAUAAAUGUCACUCUUCCUUGA